AUGGCGCCCGGGGCCGCGCCGCCUGUCCACGGGGAGGGCUGGCGCCUGGACCAGCCCGGCCCCCCGCGUCCUCCCCGGGCCGGCUACGGAGUGGCCAGACGCUGCGGCUGCCUCCGCCCUCUCCCGCUGGGCCGGCCCCCGGUGGUGGGUUUGGGGGUCCGGCCCACCCGCCUCUGCCACGUCUGCCACCCUCCCAGCACCCACGAGCAUCUUUCAAAAAUUCCCGAGCAGGAGACAAAAGUAGCAUUUUCCUCGUCCUCCUGGGCUGGCAGCGGGGCCUCCCCAGCGCCCCUUGGCUCCCGGCGGCCCUGCCUCCGGGUUGCCGAGGCGGCCGAGGCCCCGGCCACGCUGGCCGGGACCGAGGGGACCGGUGGACAGUGGCGGCCGCAGACGAGGCGCCCGAGGGCCCGUCGCCCAGAGGGCUGGCACCGGGGGCUGGCCCCCCGGCCUGCGGGCCCGGCCCUCCUCUGCCUGCCGCGGUGCCUGGCCGGGGCGACGCCGCCGCUUUCACUGCCUUGCUUUGGAGCAGCUCUGCGUCCUCCUGCGCCCGGCGCUGUCCUCGGCUGCGGUAAACCCCACCCAAGAUGCGAGCCUGGUGGAGGCCGGCUUCCCCAGACCAACUUGGUGACGAGCCUGCUGUCACCGGCGGCCUGCGGUGUGGACCCACUGUGUGUGCCUGCCAAACUCUUGGGAAUUCCACAUUCGUUUGCUCAGACGUCAGCUUUGGACGAACACGGCUGGUCCGAGAGCACCUCCAGGAAACCAGAUGCCUGUCGUGGCCUUCGGAAGACGCUCCAGGGACGUGUAGCAGUCUCUGCCCCGUGUCUGGGUGGCAGGGCAGCCCAGGAGGCCAAGAAGUAGCUCUGAGAUGGGAGUGUUUGCGUGAGGCCAGCGUUCCUCGUGGUGAGCCCAGCCGGGACCCCCAGGAGGCCCCUGUGCUUCGGGACACCGGUCCACCCUGGCCUCGGUGGGGUGACUGUCCCCCACAGCUGACUGUGCAUGCCCCUCCGGCCAUCCUGGUGCUGGGAAGUAAGGAGCCACGGCGGGAGGAUUGUAACGGGGAGGGAUGUGGUCAGAGCUGUGUCUGUGAUGCCCUGUGACCUCAGCCGUCAGGGAGGACCCUUGGUCACCCUCUCCUCAACCCCUGUCCUCAGAGGUGGGCUGGCUCUGUCCUCGGGGACUCCCUGGUCCUGACUGCUGGCGGGGAGUUCAGGCAGAGACAGUGGGACGGGACCCUGAGGCCCUCUCACCCAGAGUCCCUUCUGGGGCUUCGAGGAGAGACAGGACAGCCACAUGUUGGGGUGUUCCCGGCUUCACGCCCCAGUGGCUGCACCUCAGUCUCAUCCUCUGGGUGGACAGCCCGGAGUGGGCGCUGGAGUCCUCAUCCCUGGCUGAGGGCCCUGGCACUGACUUCAUACCCCUCAGGGUUGUUCGGGGAGCAGCCGCUGCGCUGUUUAUUGGGCCUGGGCAUGAGACCCCCGCUGCUGUAGUGAGCGAGGCCAAGCCGGGGUGAGCCAGGGGGCGGGCCCUUCCCCUGCCCGGGGCCCACUGUGGUCAGUGAUCCUGGCUUCACCAUGGCACAGAGCAGCCCGGUGCCUGCCUGGAGGAGGCAGCCUGCUCGGAAGGGGCGUGGGGGGAGGUGAGGGGCGUCUGACGGCUCGGCGCCCUUGUACAGCAGUACCAGUUACGAGGCAGAGGUGUCAUCAGGCAGGAAGCAGAAUGACCUGUCCUCUGCCCUGUCACCUCGGCGGUGUGACCUCGCGACGGUCACAUGACCUGUGUGGGCCUCAGGCUCGGGCGCUGGGGCCUGUGUCUGCGGCUCCAGCCCAGACACCCUUCCCUGAGAGCCAGGUUCGCUUCUGGAAGGAGGGAACAUUCUAGAGCCUUUCCCCAGGGGGGAAGCCCGGGUUACCCUGAUGGCAGGACCAGGCUUCUGGGGAGGGAGUGCCCCCCCCCCAGGUCCAGUGGGUGGAGGCGGGAUCGGGGGUGGUGGUGCUGUGAGAUGGGGGCGCGGUGGGCACUGUGGCCGCUUUGGGCACAGGUUGAUCUCUAACAGACGCCAGCCUUCCUCCCAGCAUCUCCAGCGCAGGUCGCCUGGGGACACCACGGCCUCUCCUGUCCAGAUGGGAGCGGCCCUGCCGCCUGUGAGCCUCUCCUGAGAGCCCCGCGGCCCUCUCGGCUGCACCCGUGUCCCCGCUCCCUCUCCCCCCUCCUUCCCUCCCCGUCCUGGUCAGCGGUCUCGGGCAGGGCAGCUCCCUGGGCGCACAGGCCCCUGCUGACCCGCCUGCCAGGGCCCUGGGCCCUCAACCUGCAGCGCCACCCCGAGCUCCUGCCCCCACCGCCGCCUCCAGGAAGCACCUCCGGGAGCCACCAGGCGCCAAGACUGACUGACGGCCCUUUGGGGUGAGGUAGUAGGUUGUAUAGUUUGGGGCUCUGCCCUGCUAUGGGAUAACUAUACAAUCUACUGUCUUUCCUGAAGUGGCUGUAAUACCGACAGCAGCCAGCACCCAGGACCCUGGCUUGGGGGGUGGGGGGGGCAGGGGGGCGGCCUCUGCAGGGUGGGGCGGUGCUGUGUGGCCUGGGGCAGGUCCCGGGGCCGGCUUUGAUCCACCCGUUUCUCGAGUCGACAGCCUGUCCAGCUCAGGGCCACACCUCUGGUCGGAGGAGGGAGGGGGGCUGGGGCUCCGCUGUCGCGGGCAGGAAGCGAGAGGCGCGUUCUCCAGCCCGCGGUGGCCCCGUGGGGCCCGUGCCCACUCCCCGUGCCCGCAGGCGGGCCGGCCGCCGCGGGGGAGCCGUGGUGCAGUUGGUGUGGCCCUCCACGGCUCCGGGGGCCGCGGGCUGGGCAGGCGGCGGACGGCGGACCCUCCCACAGCCGGGUGCCGGCGGGGUGAGGUAGUAGGUUGUGUGGUUUCAGGGUAGUGAUGUUGCCCCCUCGGAAGAUAACUAUACAACCUACUGCCUUCCUUGAGGGGCCCAGUGACGUCCCACGGAGGGUCCGCCCCCGCGCGCAGCAGGCGACUGGGUGGCUGCAGCCCCGGGUGGGCGGGCGGGAGGCUGCGGGUACACACCUGGAGCUCAAUAAAGCUGUUCAACGUGGAGAUGGAGUUGGCCCUGUUCCUUCUGGGAGCCUGGGGGCUGGGCGCUGGAGGGCAUGCGCAUUGGGGUUGGGAGAGUGGGUCUGGCCUGACGGGGGGCCACCUCUGGGCUGCUGGGGGGUCAGCACACCCUCGUCUGCCAUCCCGGCCACCUUCAGGCCCUCCUGGCGGGUGCAGGCCCAGCCCCCACCCCUCUCACACCCCGUUUGAGAACAAGCUGUGGGACCCAGGCUCCAGAGGCAUCCCUGGGCCCCCACCUUGGUGGAGAGGCCCUCUCAGGCCCCCUUGCAGGUGGUGUGGACCCCCGUCAGCUGCUCAGAGCACAGUCCAGGCCCGGCCCCCGACGCCCCCUCAGACCUGGUGCCUGACCGGAGCCUGGAGGUUCCCAGCUCCCUCAGGACAGUUUCCGGAGUAGCCCUUAACGUCAGGGGUCCAUCUCCGGGCUGACUGCCUUCCCAGUGUUCACCCAGCUUCUGCUGGAGGUCUCAGGCUGUCUGCCAGUGGCUGCUGCAGGCCUGUCUCCAAGACCCCAGCCCAGGUGUUGAAGAGACCAAUCGCCCUGACCCAGAGUACCCUUGGGGGGUGGGCUGCCAUGCCCGGGUCCACUCCCCGCCCUGCGAUCAGAGCUCAUGGCCUGAUAGGGAGCAGGCCAGACACACAACAGCCACUUGUUGUGGUCAGCGCCAAGAUGACGGCAGCCCAGGGGCUAGGAGAGCCCUGAAGAGCCCUGGGCCCAGCACUGCAAUCGGAGGUGGCUUCCUGGAGGAGGUGACACCUGGCUCACCCUGCAACUUUCUCUACCUUCCAGUCAACCGACUUCCAGCCUCUCCUCUGACACCAACUGGCUGACCCCAGAGACCAACAGGGCCCCAGAUGCGGGCCCGAGGGGCAUGAGGGACAGGGGUACCUAUCACCUGGUCAGCAGUAAUGUGUGGAAGCAGCUGAAUCUCAAAACAAACUGGAUGAAGUCAGGGUGGGCAAAGCAGCUACUUUGUCUGUGAGACCCUGGGAGGUGGCAGAAAGGGCCCAGCUUCAGGAGCAGAGGCCUGGGCAGCUACUCUGCUCACCAAGCCUGUUUCCUCAUUCAAUUUCAUAGGGGCUGUUGGAUGGAUGGAAGGAGCUAGCAGUUGAAACUGCUCAGCUGGGGUAGUGGAGGGGGGUGUGGGAGGGAGGGAGCUGGGGGCCAGCCCUGAGCGCUGGUCUGAAGCUGGGCGCCUGCUGCCACCUGCUGCCUAACCAGGGAGUGGCUCCUGGCCCGUAGUGGGCCCUGGGUCUGGCCAGCAGGUGAGCAGGGUGGAGAGUAGGCUGGGGGCCCCCAGACUGUCAGCACCCC